CGCGGUUCACUUCCUCUUCUGAAAAUGGGGCUCACACACGCGCGUGCUCAUUUACGGCGCAGUCGGGCAUUUCUUUUCAAAACAGUGACAACGUUACAGAAACAGUGACAACGUUACAGAAACAGUGACAACGUUACAGAAACAGUGACAACGUUACAGAAACAGUGAACACUAUCCUCCAACCUUCCACUGUCACUGGCCCCGCAAAGAAAAAUGAGAGCGUUGUGACUUAUCCUCUUCAGUCGGAGCUGUUAGCGUGAAGGAAGCUAACGUUAGCAUUCCAAAAACAGGGACUUUUCCAGAGAAGUAUGGAAGUGGACGGUCGGGACUUUUUCAGCUCUCCUCCCGUGAAGACCGUCAGGUUUGGAGGCAGCGUCGUGGAAACGUUAGCUAAACAUAAACAGGGAGACUCGGGUGACUAUGAAUUGCUGAAACAUCAACUGGCUGACCCUGACAUAAAGGAUGCUCAGAUCAUCAACUGGCUACAAGAGUUUCGGAGCUGUGUGACCCAGCUAACAAAGGACCAUGAACAGCUCAUCUAUACGGUCCUGAGGCUUCCGUGGGUGGGCCGGAGCCAGGCCGUGGUGGAGGAGUACAUGGCCUUUCUCGGCAACCUGGUCUCGGCACAGACCGUGUACCUGUGUGCCUGCCUCAAGAUGGUGGUCUCCCACUUCACUCCCAAGAGAGUGACCAUCUGUGAAGGAGGAGUCGAUAUCUCAGAUUCAGAGGAUGAAGAUGAGGAUCUUCCUAGAAGCUUCAAUCAGUGUCACCAAGCGUUGCAGCUCAUCACCAGAUACGUUCCAUCCACAAGUCGCUUUCUGGUGCCCAUUCUGCAAGAGAACUUCCCCUUCGUGCAGAAAUCCUCCAGAACGCUGGAGUGUUACGUCCACAACCUCCUCAGAGUGACCACGUACAUACCAUCAAUUCGACGAGAUGUACUGGAGGUGAUCAUCGGAAUGAUGCUCAAACUGGAUGUGAGUGCAUCCCGGGCAGACAUUGAGGAGGCAGAAGAGAACACAGUGCAGAACCAGGAUCCGACUGAGGAGGGACUCUUCGACAUGGAUGAGGAUAUGUCAGCAGAUCACCCCUCCACGACGGCUGUGAUGGCCCACCCGGUGGCUGAGAGGCUGGACACCCUCAUGGCUGUUCUGAUGGCAUAUGUGAAGGACGUCUGUCAUGUAAAUGGCUCUCUCCACGUGGAAAGGACUAAGGAUCUGUACAAAGAUUUGUUGAGUGUGUUUGACAAGCUCAUUCUGCCAACACAUGCGUCCUGCCAUGUCCAGUACACGCUCUUUUACCUCUGCAGCUUCAGACUGGCCUUGGCUGAGGCCUUCCUGGAUCACCUGUGGAAGAUCCUGCAGAGCCCCUCUCAGCCUGCUGUCCUCCGGCAGGCUGCUGCCGGAUACCUGGGGAGCUUCCUGGCACGGGCCAAGUUCAUCCCCGUCCUCACGGUCCGGGCCUGUCUAGACCUGCUGCUCUCCUGGAUCCAUCGCUACAUCGACAGCCAGGACAGCAGUGGCACACAGGCCUACUGUGACAUCAGCCUGCACGGGCCCUUCUACACCGCCUGCCAGGCUGUCUUCUACACACUCAUCUUCAGACACAGAGCCAUGCUGGAGGGCAACAUGAAGAAAGGUUUGGAGUACCUGCAGAGUCUGAACCUGGAGCGGGUGGUGAUGUGUCAGCUGAACCCCCUCAAAGUCUGCCUGCCCUCAGUCACCAACAUGUUUGCUGCCAUCACCAGGAAGUAUCAGGUGGUGUUCUGCUACACCAUCAUAGAGAGGAACAACCGCCACGUGCUGCCGGUGGUCCGCAGCUCUGCAGGGGGAGACUCUGUGACCACCAACACCAACCCUCUGGACAGCUUCUUCCCCUUCGACCCCUACCUGCUCAGGAGGUCUGGCCAGCUGAUUGAGCCACUGUACCAGGUCUGGGAGGAACUCGCAGACACGGAGCUGCUCCCUGACAAAACAGGCCGACAGGGCUCAAGGGAGGACGAGGAUGACUUCCUGUGCGGGGAGACGCCCCAAGCGGAGGGCAUUGUGGGGAUGACACCCAACUCUUACGACUCCAACCUCCGCAGCCCGAGCAGUGUGGGUUCGCCCCCAAUCUCCUUCCAGAGACCCUUCUAGUCCCUCAUCACAGCCUCUCCUGUUCUGAUGGGCCGCCCUGCUUUUGAGACAAAGUCCAGAAGCUUGUGAGGAGCACACUUCCCUUUGGAACGGAGAGAGAGCUGCCACACAUGGACAGGAAUCUGGUGGUGCACGUUCCAUUCAUCAGGAUUCAAACACAAACUGAAGGACACACAAGAUGUGACUGAUCUCUUCUCGUACAACAAUACCCACCUGUGUUCAUUCAUUCUAAGGGAUUUAUAGGACUACUUUUUCAUGUUUAAUCAUGACAACGUGCUGUCAGUGUAGAAACUCCACUGAGAGCCCCAAACUGUACAUCUUCUGAUGAGGUAAGUUUGAACUCUACAUAGACUGCUGCAGACUGAGCUUUAGAAGGUGGUAUAUUGUGAGCAGUAAAAUAUAGUUUUGAAAUAAUUUUUUUGUGUGUAUUUAUGAAACUCAUCCUUCUAAAGCCCAGUACAGACUGCACAACAUUCACACACACCCUCAAGUCAGGCGUCUUUACCUCACACUGUCCCUGAUUUCAAUUCCAUGUUUGAUUUUCUCGCUUGUAGUCUUAGCACCUUGGAGACAAGUUCUGUACCAAAAUAAACUGCAAUAAACACAUUGAAUCCAGA